AAUUGAGAAUCAGCAAAAGUCAAAACAAAUAGCUUCAAGUUCCAGUGGUGGUCCUGUAAUGCCUAUUGAUAAUAAUAAAUUUGUACAAAAACUUGAUCUUCAUAGUUACCAACAAAAUAUUACAAAUCCUGUAAUAUACCAUCAAAACCCAAUAACGAGACAAUACCCAAUUCAAAAUCUAUCCCCAGUAGCAUUACCAAAUGUGAUUAAUGUUGUACCUGGUGGUAUUUUAGUGAGCACUUGUUCCCAAAUGCCCAUAUUGUCCCAUAAUAUAUAUGUGAAUCAAAAUAUAAUACCGAUUCCACCAAAUACAAUUACACCUAGAUCAUUGGGUGUUCAAGGUAUCAACCAAGCAUAUCAAUCAUUGCCAAGUACAUCGUUAGUACCACCAGCCGUACCUUGCGCACAAAAUGUUUCUCAAAGUAUUGGUCAUGGAUAUCAGGCUAGUUUACCUCCCAUUGUAUCACAUGGGAUGCGAGUUUCUCCUAGAAAUGUUCUGUCCAAAGUACAACAGCCAUGCCAUUCAAAGAUGAAUAUAUGCCCACAUGCAAUAAAAAAUACGAUUUGCCAAGGUGCUAAGCGGCGUCUCUAUUCAGCAGUGUUAUCAAAUACCAACACGACUAUGGAUUCAGAUUGUGAUGAGCUUGAAAGAGAGGCAUUAGAACAAUAUAGACCCUCGGAGGAGAGUUUGAAAGAUUCCUCUGAUGAUAGCAUACAAGCGAAAUAUCAGGAAUUAGAGCGAUUAGCUAUGGAACAGUACACUACAAGCAGUAGUAGCGCAUCAUCAGAAAGUUGUGCUCUCGGCAAUGGCAGCAUAUUAGUAUCAGAAACAGGACCUCCGGGAAUUCGUACUGCAAUGAACAGUGAGUCGAAUACAGGAAUUAUUGGACAAAAUAUAAAGAAUAUGAUGCCACAGAUAAAAAGUGCGAUUGUUCGAAAAUCUAAUAGUAAUUUAUCAAUGGGAUCAAAAUUAAGUAGCACAAUGAUGUUGCCGUCAAUUGGAGAAGUUAGUAAUGAUGAAGCUGAUUCACCGAAAAACAACAUAUCUCCACGUGGACUCGAAGAUAAUUCAUCAAAACGGAGAAUUAUUGUCGUAAAAUCAACUUCCCGUCAAGUAUCAUCCGAUCAUUCUAGUGAUGCUGAAGAAAAUGAUGACUAUGGUCCUCAAAUUGUUAUUACAUCGUUUGGGCAAAAGAAAAAAGAAGAAUUCUCGUCCACAAUAAGCACAGAUCGAUCAGAAAUUGAAUUUAAACUGUCAUUACUAGCAUCUGUUGAAAAUUUACAUGAAAGUACGCCUGGACCAAAAAGUGAAUACUAUAUUGAAGAUUGUAAAGAAUAUCUAGAGACUAAAUGUCUCCAUGGUGAAAAAUUAUUACUGGAACAAUCAAAUAUAAUAAGUAAUUCAAAAAAAGAAAUUGAUGAAAAUAGUUCUGUAAAGAGUACAAACUCUAAUUUACCUCCCUGUUCAAUAAUUACAAGAGAAGUGAAAUCAGCAGGCCAUAACAAAAGAAGACAAGGUCGAAAAGCUAAAAAAGUAAUUUAG